AUGGUGCCGAUACAAUCGUCCACUACUUUCGAAUCCAGUAACAGGGAAGCAAAGGUCUACUCCCAUAAAGCGGUUGACUGCCCACUAGGCACUAAAGUCAAGUCAAAAUUCGCUCACAACCCCAAUCUGGCUGAGGAUGAACCAUUUCAGCCAGGAAACACGGGAUUGAGUCCCGAAGCCCCGUCAAGCUCACAGUCAACAGUUGACUGCCCCCGGGCAGCGAAAUUGAUGCAGUCUUUACCUCAACACCCGCCUCUCAAGAUGCGCAGGGCAGGGCUCAAGCUCCUCAAGAGACCGAACGAAAGCCAGACUCAGUCGGGCACAUCCGGUGUCAAUGGAAACACUGAUAAACUGAAUUUGGAUGCUGGUGUGACUGCGGGCAACGACAUGGAAUGCUCUCCGGGAAGUGAGCUGGAGGCCAAGUUCAUCUCCGAUCCCACUAGCCGCUCUGUCCAGUGUUCUCGGUCUGCGUUGGCGACACAAACACCGAACAAGCAAAUUGGCAUUUCAAUUGAUUGCCCACCAGGUAACGAGCUGGACACAAAGCUUUCUUCUGAGCUCGCUGGUCUUGGUCUUGAGUCCGCCGGUCCUGUGCAUCAAACGACUAACACAGCCCCCACGGCAGACCCUCAAGCAAGCCUUGAAUGCUCUCCAGGUAGUGAGAUUGAAUCACAUUUAUUAGAGUCAUCCAGUCAGGCUAGUGCCCAAUCGGGAGCCCAGACCUCUAUCGAUUGUCCUCCUGGGAACGAAUUAGAACCCAAGUUCAUCUACAAUUCGGCUUCAAUUGAGAAAAUGCGAUCACAACCAGCAUUACGCUCUAGUCUUGGUACUUCCAAGAUGACCAAGAAUAUUGUGGAUUGUACACCCGGAAAUGAACUGGAGGCAAAAUUCAUUACGGAGAUGGCGAGUGCCGAGGGUCCCAAUGAGAAUGAGGACCUGAGCGCUUUGAGUGAUACUGACAUUCGAUCUCAUUGCGCUCCUUUGAAACCGAAGGUGCAAGCUAGUCCGUUGGAUUUCGGUUCUUCCGAAGGAAACAUUAGUGAUUUCAUUCUCCAAAGUCAGAAGCUACCCACCGAGAAAGGAGAGCAACCAGCAGCCUCCAUUUCCCCUAAAUUCCAUAUUCUUGCGUUCGAUACGUCGACAUCACAAGUCAUAGCUGCCCAAGCGGACUCAUUCUUCGGUGUCGACGAAGAAGAUAAUCGGCCAAGUAAAAUUUUGUCUCAACUGCACAACCCUGCCAAAUUCCUGCCCUAUUUUGAGAAAAUGCAAGAAGGUGGCUACGAAAUUGCAACUGGCGGAGGCAACAUCCUUGUCUUCCGAAAGUCUCAACCCACUCCUUGCCACACCCUCUCAAACACCGCAACCGACCAACAACCAGUAGUUCACACCAAGAUUGCCAGACAUCUUCGUCACGACUCGACGGACCCCGCCGCCAAAUACGCCGGAGCUCCCUGGCAAUCCACCACUGAGCCUCGUUCAAAAACGGGAUCCUUUAGUUCUGAGCCCGAAUCAACCACAAAGUCUAAGUCUUCGUUUCGCAAAACAGGUCGUAGAAUGCUCGUUGCAGGCACAGCUACCGCAGCGACGUGUUAUGCUAUUGGAGUCAUGAUCGAGUUCUUCCGCACCGGCGGAAAGGAUGGGCGUGGAAUUGAUGGGUUCACUGUGUUUGAGUCGGACCGACGUCGUCGAGAGUAG